UGCCAGGCGUGCUGCGUCAUAUCUUCCAACACAUCCGCCGCUCGGUGGCCGGCUUCCAGCCAGGCAGCCAGCCGCCUCAGGCCCCGCUCCUCCCUGAACCGUUAUCCGCUAAUCACCAUCACCUCCCCCGGUGGAAGCAGACGCGGCUCCGCCUCGGCCAUGACUGGAAGGAGCCGCUGAGACCUUCCCAUCCUCCGCCGGAGAACCGGGACUUUUAGUUUUUAGCUCGGUGUAAAUGAGGCGGAGCCUGAGGCGUGGCGGCGGUGGUGAUGGUGUUGGACUCAGGUGAAGUCUUCAUGGAUCAGGUUGCGGCUGAAAGGAACAGGGACCGGCCCGAUGUCCCUCCAGAUCCGUCCAGAACCGCCAAAGCCAGACGGAGCAAUGCGACCAAGAAGGAGGCGGCGCCGUCUCAGAACGGGGUCGCGACCCCGAGGACCAGGGCGGCGCUCCGCCGGCCCCUCAGCAUGGAGGUGACUCCGCCGCCGCAUCCCAUGGUGCUGCAGCCGCCGUGGCGCAGCGGUGCGGCCGCCCCGACGCCCCGGGCUCGCAGCCUCACCAGUCCCAGCCUGUCGGCGGGCGGCUGGAUGCGCCGCAGCGAGAGCUCCUGCUCAGUUAACUACGCUGCGGGGCCGCGGGCCGGCGGACGCUUGCGUCCCGCCACCUCCCUGCCUCACAUCGCCAAAGGGGCGGUGGGCUCGGCCGCCCCCCCGCCGGCCCGACCCUGCCUGCUGGUCGCCCUGCGACCUUUGAACCUGGAGCAGGAGAAGCAGAUGUUCUUCCAGUCCGACUAUAAGUACGAGCCGCAGUUCGAGUACGCGCAGCCCGAACCGCGGAGCGUCCUCGACAAGUACCGGGAGGGAUCGGGCCUCUUCCUGGAGCAGGCCGUGGGGAUCAUGGAGUGCGUCCUGAGGAAAUUCGGCUCCUAUGAGAACUUCGAGGACGCGACGGGCGGCGGCGUCCUGCCAAAGAGUCAGGUCUGGGCGGCGGUCCGCAAAUACCUGCAGAAGGAGGGCUGCGUGGGGGAGGUGGUGGUGCGUCUCUCUGAUGAGCUGCUGUCACAGGCCGUCAUGGUGGUGGAGAGCUGCCGUCCCACUCUGACCAUCAACCUGGCCGGCGCUCGCCAGCACUGGCUGGAGGGGAUGCUGCGGCACGAGAUCGGAACCCACUACCUGCGCGGCGCCAACAACGCACUGCAGCCCUGGGCGUCCGCCGAGGUGCGGCGGCAGCUGGGCCUGAAGCCGGCCAACCCGACAGAGGAGGGCCUGGCCAGCCUGCACAGCGUUCUGCUGAGGAAGCAGCCGCACCUGUGGCGCGCGGCGCUGCUCUACUACACCGUGUUCCACGCCGCCAGCAUGAGCUUCAGCCGCCUCUUCGCCCACAUCGCCCGCUUCGUCCACGACCCGGACGUCCGCUGGGAGUACUGCCUGCGGGCCAAGAGGGGCCAGACCGACACCGCGCAGCCCGGUUGCUUCAGCAAAGAUCAGGUCUACCUGGACGGGAUCCUGCGGAUUCUUCGCCAUCGAAGGAACAUCGACUUUAAGAUGUUGACGUCUCUAGGAAAGGUGUCUUUCGAGGACGUGGAGCGUCUGCGUCCUCUGGCGGUACUGAACCGGACCAGAAUCCCUCACUUCAUGCGUGACCAGGAGCGUUACCUGCAGCACCUGGACCACAUCGUGGCCGUCAACGAGCUGGACGACGCAACGCUGCAGCAGCUGCUGCCCUGAGUCCCUCAAAAGAUCACAUCGUAACGGCGCUCUACGGGAAAAAACAUCAGAACGGCGCUCUACGGGAAAAAACAUCGUAACGGCGCUCUACGGGAAAAACAUCAGAACGGCGCUCUUCGGGAAAAAACAUCAGAACGGCGCUCUACGGGAAAAAAAAAAGUAACGGCGCUCUACGGGGAAAACAUCGUAACUGCGCUCUACGGGACAAAACAUUGCACCGUAACAAAACUUUACAUGGAGUGUUAAUGACUCUUUGUGCAGAAAAUCUGCCCGGUGAUUUUAUUGAUUCCCACCAAAACUUGACAAGGAACAACACGUCGUAUCGUAACGUCACUUUACGUGGAAAAACCCGUCCGGCGUUUUUAUAAAACUUGAAGGAUCCAAACGGGACGACGCCUCCUUCGUUUUCACUUGGAUGCAUGAUUGUGCUGCGUUUCCCACGCGGAUCGGCGCAUUUUAACCGCGCUCCCUUUAUCAAGUUACCUCACUAUUAUCACUAUGUAAUCACCAUUAUAUAUGUAGACUCACAUAAUCAUAGACGGCUUUAUUUAUACACUUGUUUACGUUUUUGUUACGUUGCAAAAAGAACAAACUGAAUGUCACUGGUGUUAGCUUUAUGUUUUUGUUUGUGAAACGACGUUUUUAUGCCUUAGAUUGUUUGCAUUUUUAAAAAGAACACCAAGGACACAACAUUUAAAAACCAGAGGCGUUCGCAGUGACUGAGGCCAUGAAUCUUUCAAAUACCAAGUGCCACUGGACUCAGCCGAGCGUUUCGCCCCCAGGGUUUUAAUUAUCAGUGUUGUUAUGAAGCUAAUCAGCGGCGUUGUCUUAACUGUGUCCUUGGUGGGCUUUCUUAGUUUGCUACUGUGAGUUCUCCCUCUGCAACAACCAAACUUUACUUUGUUUGGUUCAACAUUUGGGAUAUUUGGUGGACGUCUUCCAAAGAUAACAGGUUUUUAGAGACUACCGCCCCUGAAAAUGAUGAUUUUUAAAUCAAAAAUAUAAUUCAUUCAAACCUUAAUCAAUGUAUUUGAAGGCAAAUAAUUAUGUCAAGCAGAUAAUAAGCUUAAUGAUAUCUAGGAAUACUAAUCGAGGCAAAUAUUAACAUUAUUAGCUAAAAAUAAGCUGUUUUGGCUAAAGGGGAAGAGAGUUUAAAAGAUGAAUAUUAUUUAUGGAAGUCAAAAGUAAUGGCAUUAAGGGAGACCUAACAGACCGGCACCCUGCAGGAAUAUUUAAACAGGCAAUUUUGACAAAAGUCUGAUU